AUGACAGGCAUGAAGCGAUCGACACGGGCGCUGCUCUUGCUGGGAGCGAUGGGUGCCCUCUAUAGCCAGGCCUUCGUGCCCGGCCGCCGAGCGGUGCUCUCGGGCGGUCUCCUAGGUGCACUGAGUCUGUCGGAGUCCGCGAAGGCGGCGGACUUCUUCGGCAUCCCGAGCAUCCCGGGGCCCUUUGAGAUGAACCCCAACGACGCCGUGGUCAUCGGAGAUGCCAAAGACCCCAAGAUCCUGGAAGCAAGGAAGAAGGUGGAAGCAUUGCAAGCGCAGGCGGAGGAGGCUUUGGCCAAGCUUGAGAAGGACCCACAGGCGGACCUCGCCUACAUGAUCCAGGACUUCGGCAUCGGAGAGCUGCGCCUGGCCACCAACGCCAUCAACGACAUCAUGGACGACAAGACUGCAGCAGCCACGCAGCGCUGGCAGCGUCUCAUGAUUCAGGCGAAGUACCAGUGGGAGAUCGACGUUCCUUUCCCAACCACCAAGAAGGGAGAGGAAAGACCUCGCGGAGAGAAGCGAAAUGAUCGUAUCAAAGAGUCCUUGAAGAAGUACCUCACUGCCUCCAAGGAGCUGCUCAAGUUCUUCUAG